UUCCCAAUUUAUUGUCAGAAUAAAAAAACAAGCGUCGCUAAAAAUCUCAAAAAUCCACACUCUCUCCAAGCAACCAACCACAUUCUUCUUUCCCACCUGCAUUCUCAUUUCCUGGCACUUUUCCUUUCGUCUCUUCGAUUUCCACCACCAUCAUCGCCGUACCUUGCGACCAUCGACCAAUUCGGACGGCUGUGCUCGUCCGUCUCUUCAAUCACCACCAAACCGCCGCCGCGGGCGUCGCCGUUGGUAGUUACUACGUCUAUGUUUUUGGGUCUGUUUGGAUGCGUGAAUUAUUGGGUGGAGGAUAAAUGCAUGUGGCUGGGGAUUUAGGGUUUCGGAGCCUCGUGCUGGUGGUUUGUUUUCUGGCGUCGGUGAUCGGAUUCUUCGUGGUUCGGAGAAAAUGGCGCCUCGCUAACGCCAGGAGGGAGGAGAUCAGGAGACUUUUGGUCUUGGCCAAGGAGGAAGUUGCUAGAGCUGAGUUCGAGGUCACGGCUGGGUACGGCGCUGUUCCGGUAGCUGAGAUUAAAGGUUCGUAUUGCGUUGUUUGUUACUGCCCCACCACCACGCGCUGCGCCCGCUGCAAAGCGGUUCGCUACUGUUCUGCAAAGUGUCAAAUUGUUCAUUGGCGGCAAGGUCACAAGGAAGAGUGCCGUCCUCCUAGCAUAAUUCACCAGAAUGUUGUAGUGGCAAGUGAUUCUGAACUAAAGGUAACCAAAGAAGACCUUGAAAUUAAUACCGACAAGUUUGAAAGCAGGGAGUCUGUUGAAAAAUCUUCUGAGGAACCUGCAUUGCCUAAUCCUGGUUGCCCUCCCGAUGUUGAAUGCAUAAGGGAUGAUGAUAGUGAAGAUGAAUUUCUUGCCGAGAGGAAAGGAACAAAUUCUACAUCUGACUCACCAGCUACCUCUUUUUCUGGAUUUUCUACUUCUGCCAGCGGUACUGAAUCUUCGGACGAUGUUUCUGUCAGUGGGAGUGUUAGUUCAUUUGAACCUGACAGAUCAGAUGGGCAACCAUCUGCUGAUGAUGCCUUUGAGAUCCAGCAGACUCCCUUUAAUGGUAACAACAUCGAUCAAUCUAAGCCAUCAUCUCCAAAGUUUGCUAGCUUGGUUGAUUCUGUUGGUGGUUUUGCUAAGUUAAAUAAGUUGAAUCAGGUUAAACUUAGUGUUAAUGAUGAAGAAAAUGUGCGGAGAUCAAAUUCUUCUUCAGGUUUGAACAACAGUGGCAUGAGUGAGGGUCCAGUUGCUGAGUCUUGUACGCCAUCCUCUGAUUUCUGGGGGAACACUCUUGAUCCCGUAGGGUCCAGGAGUGAUGCCCAAGUGUCCAAUUCCAGUGUAGCUAGUAAUAGAAAGAUAUCUGAUUCUGGAUCUUCCUUAUUUUCAUUCAACUUGUCUGGAAGUACUGCACCUCCCCUUCAUAGGCUAGACUCCAGGUCAAGUGGCACCAGGUUAGGUGAUGAUCUUCUGGAUUCUUCGGAGCUCAGUAAGUCCACUUGUGGAGCAGAUUUAUCAGAGAAGAUUAGUGGAGAUGCUGUGAAGGUCAAGAAUUCCCCAUCCCAGAAAAGUAAAGGGUCAAAAAAUGAGGAUAAUGAAUCUAGCAGCAAUUCACAUGCCUUCAAGUUCAGAGAAAUUAAGUCUUCCUCCUCGCCUUCUGUUCAUAAAUCUGUUGGCACUGAAAGAAUUUCAAAAUGCACACAUGCUUUGAAACCUAGUAGAGUGCUAUCCACAAGCUCAGAAAGGUCAGAUCAGGCUGUUAAGAACUGCAACAGAACUUCAGAUGUUUUGAAGUCUAGAGAAGCUGGAACUCCAUCACCCAGUGUUUCUGAUUCUCGCCAUGCACCUGCUGUUGGAGGCUCACUUCCACUUGUAAAAUCUGGAAAAGUUGACUUUGCUGAGGCUAGUAAUGCUGUUUCAUCUCAAGCUACAAAUCUUUCAAAUAACAGGAAUGGCUUGAAAACCUCUGUAUUUAAGGUUUUCGAUCAGUUUAGAGGAUCCAAAAUACCAAAGCACUAUCCUGUGGGAGUUGGGAGUGAGAUUGCAGGAAAAUACAGCGAGAAGGAGGAACACUUUCGGUAUGAAUUAUUUGUUAAGCUUUACAAUUGGAACAAGGUGGAAUUGCGCCCUUCUGGCCUUAUAAAUUGCGGUAACAGCUGCUAUGCCAAUGCAGUGCUACAGUGCUUGUCAUUUACUCCACCUCUGACUGCUUAUUUGCUUCAAGGAUUCCAUUCUAAAGCUUGUGUAAAGAAGGAAUGGUGUUUCAUGUGUGAGUUCGAAAGUCUAGUUUCAAAGGCAAAGGAAGGGAGCUCUCCUCUGUCUCCUAUGGGAAUACUUUCCCAGUUGAGAAAAAUUGGAAGUCAACUUGGUAAUGGGAGAGAAGAAGAUGCCCAUGAAUUUCUAAGGUAUGCUAUUGACAUGAUGCAAUCUGUUUGCCUUACGGAAGCUGGGGUUAAUUCGUCACGCUCUUUGAAAGAAGAAACAACUUUAAUAGGCCUUACAUUUGGAGGCUACCUUCGAUCAAAGAUAAAAUGCACAAAGUGCCAAGGUAAGUCUGAGCGGCAGGAAAGAAUGAUGGAUCUUACUGUUGAGAUUGAGGGUGAUAUAGGAACCCUGGAAGAGGCUCUUCGUCGAUUUACUGGUACUGAGACCUUGGAUGGCGAGAACAAAUACCAAUGUAGCAGAUGCAAAUCUUAUGAGAAGGCCAAAAAGAAGUUGACGAUACUGGAAGCUCCAAAUAUCCUUACAAUUGCACUAAAGCGUUUUCAGUCUGGAAAAUUUGGGAAGAUCAAUAAGCCUAUCCGGUUUCCUGAGAUCCUGGACUUGGCACCUUUUAUGAGUAGUACAAGUGAUAAAUCGCCUAUAUACAGACUUUACGGGGUGGUUGUUCACUUAGAUAUCAUGAAUGCUGCAUUUUCUGGUCACUACGUGUGCUAUGUCAGGAAUUCCCAGAACAAGUGGUUCAUGGUUGACGACAGCACGGUAACACCUGUGGAACUUGAAAGGGUCUUGACGAAAGGCGCUUACAUGCUUCUUUAUUCAAGAUGCUUGCCAAGGGCCCCUCGAUUGAUAAGGAACAGAAUAAUCUCUCCUGAUCCCAAACAUCGAGCCAUUCCUUCCUGGAUCGGUGGAAAGACUACCAAUUUGAAACCAAAAUCUGUCUCCACACAUUCUGCUGUUGCCCCUUCCGUACCCAGUGCACAUUCACCAGAGGAGCUGCAAAGGAUUUUGGAAGAGGACUCAUCAAGUGACAAUUCUUCCCUUAUCAGCAACAACUCCGACGAAGGUUCUUACAGUACUGAUAGUACUUGUUGCUCUCCCAGCACCGAUGACUUGUCUGAUUACAUAUUUGGUCAUUCAGUGCAUGGUUGGAGUAGCUCGUUUAGAAAAUUUUCAGAUUCUGACACUUCUUCGUCUUCCUCACCCUCGAGUACUACGCAUUCGCCCCUCUCUGAUUCGUACCGGUAUGCUUAAGUUUCCCCUGAAACUGUUGGGAGUAGCAGGCCAGUAGAUUCAGAUGGCGUGGUGACGGUUGCUUUUUUGCACUCUUGACACCACUAGACAAUGUAGAAAGCAAGUGGUAGUAGAAAUAGUGAAACUGACUCGGAGAGAUUAGGACCCGACUCUUUAGGAGAUGUAAAAUUUAGAAAAUCAAGUAGAGAAAGAACGGCAAACAUUUGAUUAACAUAUAUAUAUAUAUAUAUAUAUUUAUGUUCGAAAGUGGUAAAUAAAAGAGAUGGAGAGGAGGGGAUGUAUGUAAUGUACUCAUUUUUCUUUUUUUUAUUAAAAAAAAUGGGCCGUGGCCUUUUUGCCAGUUA